AAGGCAAAAGAACAAAAAGCAUCACACAUUCACACUCGCACCAAAUGAAUUUAUGAUCUAACGGCACUUUAAAACCAUUUGAAAAUCUUGUCUGUCCCAAUGGAAUGAAACAAGACAAGAGAGGGUUCCAUUCCAGAUCUACUCACUCUCUUCACGUUCCUCUGACGUGUCACUCGACACUCACCACCAUUUCAUAUGACACUUUAACUCCACUCACCUUUCUCUUUUCUGUUUCAAUUUGUAACUUGAAGCAAAACCCCAUUUCGUAUUCUGCAAUAAUCAAUCCAUGGAGUUCACUGAAUCUUACAAGCAAACGGGUCCCUGUUGUUUCUCUCCCAAUGCUCGCUUCAUUGCCGUUGCCGUCGACUAUCGCCUCGUCAUACGGGAGACCCUUUCUUUCAAGGUUGUGCAGUUGUUUUCAUGCUUGGACAAGAUUAGCUAUAUUGAAUGGGCGCUUGAUUCUGAAUACAUUCUUUGUGGUCUCUACAAAAAGCCAAUGAUACAGGCUUGGUCACUUACCCAGCCAGAAUGGACAUGCAAGAUAGAUGAAGGACCUGCUGGUAUUGCAUAUGCGAGGUGGAGCCCAGAUAGCCGCCACAUACUCACCACAUCGGACUUCCAGUUGCGUUUAAUUGUUUGGUCAUUGUUAAACACAGCUUGUGUGCAUUUACAGUGUCCAAAGCAUGCUUCCAAAGGAGUUUCUUUCACGCGAGAUGGAAAAUUUGCAGCAAUAUGCACGAGGCGAGAUUGCAAGGACUAUAUAAAUCUGUUAUCUUGUCAAACGUGGGAAAACAUGGGCAAUUUUUCCGUGGACACUCAAGACUUGGCUGAUAUUGAAUGGUCGCCUGAUGAUAGUGCUAUAGUGAUAUGGGAUUCACCACUUGAAUACAAGGUUCUAAUAUAUUCUCCAGAUGGAAGGUGCCUUUUCAAGUAUCAAGCAUAUGAAAGUGGAUUGGGAGUUAAAAGUGUGUCCUGGUCUCCUUGUGGUCAGUUUCUGGCAGUGGGAAGUUAUGACCAGAUGCUGCGGGUCCUGAGUCACCUAACUUGGAAGACAUUUGCAGAGCUAAUGCACCCAUAUACAGUCCGAGGCCCUUGUUGUGCUGCUGUUUUCAAAGAAGUAGAUGAACCACUACAACUUGAUAUGUCUGAAUUAUGUUUGAGUGAUGAUUUUUCCCAAGGGAAUGAUGAUUCUCCGGAAGAACCGUUUAGAGUCAGGUAUGAGGUUAUGGAAGUUCCUAUCAAUUUACCAUUCCAAAAGCCUCCUGCUGAGAAACCUAACCCCAAACAAGGAAUUGGGAUUUUGUCAUGGAGCAAUGAUAGCCAAUACAUAUGUACUCGUAAUGAUAGUAUGCCUACAGUACUUUGGAUAUGGGAUAUUCGACAUCUUGAGCUUGCUGCAAUCUUAGUGCAGAAGGAUCCUAUCCGAGCGGCAGCUUGGGACCCAACAUGCACACGCCUUGUUGUCUGCACCGGAAGCACUCACUUGUAUAUGUGGACCCCAUCAGGCGCUUACUGUGUUCAUGUUCCUCUACCACAAUUUACUAUAACAGACCUGAAAUGGAAUUCUGAUGGCAGUUGUCUACUUCUUAAGGACAAGGAGUCAUUCUGCUGUGCUGCUGUACCCUUGUUGCCAGAAUCUAGUGAAUACAGCUCAGAUGAUUAUAAGGAAUGAAACAAAAUGAUGGUAAAUAUGAGUGGCGAUGUAUCUCUGUGCAUCUGGUAGAUAAAGAUCAUACAAAAUCCUGCAGCUGUGAGAGUCCGUUUGAAUGGAGUAGGGAAAGUAAUUCUCAAGAGAAAAGGCUUGUUUGUUACUGUCGCUUCCAGUGGAUCAGGGAGGGUAUGUUUAUAAGCAUUUUGAGGAAGGGGGCAAUGGAGCAAAGCUAUGUAGGAACAUUUGGGAAAAUUCAAUGGCCAUCUCGGCCUUUGUUGUAGGAGCAUAGAUUAAACAGCAUUAUGUUUUCCUUUUUGAUUUGGAAGCCUUUAAGGUGUAAUGCUGUUGAUUGGAAUGCCACUUAUUUUUCUAUCUUUAGUAUAUUACACUUGAAGUGCAAGUUAUGAAAUUGCCUCUUCAAAUUCCUUCAA